UUUGAUGUAAUUUCCCUGUCUAGUGUCUAUAGGCUCAGAGUGGCAUGAAAGUGGUGUGGAAAGCCUGGGACACACCAAAUCGAAGGUUGACCAUCAAGCAAUGUUGAUGUCUCGAGUCUUCAGGAGUGCAUGCACCUCACCAGUUAUCCACAAAGUUGAACUGAGUGACACCAGACAGAAGACAGCUGAUGGUCAACUAGUGUGUAUGUUCUGUGCUUGUGUGAGAGCAGGUGGCAGUAGCCUGUAUUUGGCAUCAAAACAAUGAAAGUGGAGGAGCCAGAACUGUAAAUAUAUAACGCAAGCAGCAUUUAUGCCUGCCAUGAUCAUUACCAACAAAUUUGUGUAGUUUUUGUUCAACAUUGCUUGAUGGCCAACCAUCGAAUUGGUGUGGAAAUCCUGAGACACACCAAGUCCCAGGCAUGAUGGAAAAGCAGUGGAUGCAAUGUGAGGGCAUGCUGAUCCACGACUAUGCAUGGUUUCUCAGAGACACAGCAGAGUCAUUAAGGUAGAGAGAAUGAGGAAGUAGAAGAAGCAUUUUAUUAAUUUGUUCUCAAGAAGGCAUUUGAGACUGAACUUAGAAUGAAGAUCAUUCUCCUUUUCACAUUCUUCCUGAUUAACGCUGGAUCUGAUGCUGUAACUACAGUAACUGGAUACAGAGGAAGAUCAGUUGAGAUUAAAUGUCUCUAUGAUCCUGGAUAUGAAGAAUACACAAAAUAUCUCUGCAGAGGUGAAUGUACUGACUGGAUAAAUGUUUUGGUUAAAUCUGGAUCUCCUGCUGAAAACACCAGAUUCUCUCUGUACGACAACACAAUAGCCAGGAUCUUCACCGUCAAUAUCACUGAUCUGAGAACAGAGGAUAAAGACACUUACUGGUGUGGGAUCGAGCGAACAGGGAUUGAUAUUUACACAGAGCUUCAACUGCUGGUUAAACUGGAUGAUCCUGCCAGCAGUACUGUCUCACAGUCCACACACACCACAUACUCAACUUCAUCACCUAUCACAAGUCCAUCAGUGGAUUCUGAGACUCCUCCAGCUACAAUUGCUCCAUUAAACACAGUUCAACACCAAACCACUGCUCCCUCAAAAAAUGAUGUUCCAGAUUUUGCUACCCACCUCCUGAUCAGUACAGGUGCAGUCGUGUUCACUGUUGCUGUAAUUAUAGCAGUCUACUGCAAAAGUAAAGGUCGAGGACCCGUAACAUCUUCAAAGGAGACAAGUGAUGUUUAUGAAAAUUACCUAAAUUUCAAACAUCUGCAAGCAAAAGCAUGCAAGAGUCCAGACUCUACCACCGACCAAUCAAACCAUCAGAAUUCGACCUUUACUGAUAUCCAAUCAAAUCCAGUCUAUCAGAAUCUGUCCUUCCAUUAUAAAAAAUAAGAUUGAAAU